AUGAAGGACGAAAAAGAAGAAGUUCUGGAAUUGAAACGACAACUGGCUGCACUCCAACAAAAAUGCAACGCGAAAACCGACACCAUCGUUCGUCUCGGACAAGACCUGGAGAAAUCGGAGAAUGAAAAAAAAGGAUACGUGGCGAGAGUGGAGACAUUGGAACGGAAUUUGGAAAGGACAGAGAAGGAGUUGGGAUUGCUAUGUGCCGUCGAGAAGGAUAUGAAAAUUAAAAAUGCGUCGGAGCGACAAGAUUUGAUUGAGGAUAUAAAUAAAUAUAAACGAGAGAAUAUGAAGUUGAGGAGUGAUCGACAAGAACUGAUGGAUGAGAAAGCUGAUUUGAAGAAGGAUUGCAAAACUUUCAGACAGACAAUUGCACAGUAUGAGGUUGAAAAAAUGGGCGGUAUGGUUCGGACCUGUCUUUCAAAUGAUGACGAAGAAACUGCGAUGCUUGGAGCUUAUGAAAAACUGCAAACGAAGUGCCGCGAACUGGAAUCCGACUUAAAAUCCAUGCUGGGUAUCAAAGAAGAACUCCUGCUGGAACGCGACGAAAUGCAGAGGAAGGUAGCGAGACUGAGCAAUGAACUCAGUUAUCUACUCAAUGGAGAUCCCCGAAGAGUAGCCGAAGAUUUGGACAGUUUAGUGGCUGAGAACCGGUUUUUGAAAGCCAAACUGAACACGGCAGAGGAGGAGAGCGAGUCCAUAAAAAUGACUCUGGCGAAAUACAAACAGAUGGCCGAAGCCGUAAAUGUACAGUCAUUGAACAGAUCUCCAAAGGCAGGGGAAGGAGAUGAAAAACCGAGUGUCGCAGUAAUCAAUAUGAAACAAAUCCGCGAACUGCUAACCUCCCAUGCAAUCGAGUUGGACGAGUCUGACCAUCGAGCCAUUACAACCAUUCUGCUCGAUUUGUGCAAUGAUAAGCAAAUGGCGUUGGCACACUCGCGACGAGCUAACAAGUCAGUGUUGGGCAUGCGGCUACAUGAGGUGGAAUCGAAAUUGGCAGUGCUUGAUGUAAAAUCGAGGAGUUCGAGUCCAAGACACGAAGAAAUAGAGCUAACGGUACCAACAACAUCUAACUUGUGA